AUGAAUUAUCACAGGGAAGGUGCAACACCAAACAGGCUUCUGUUGGAAAAGCCGAAGCGAUUAUCAUCAAGUAAAAGAGAUAAAGUUAUAAUUCCAAUUGUUACCUUUCCAUUAGCCGAUGUAAUUGUUGUGAUAACAUCCACAAAUGCAUUAGAUGCAAGCUUCUCUCCCUUUUCUUACUUCACAAGUUCGAGUUAA